GUGGCGAUCGGAAAAAAAGGCGACCCCCAAACACUGGGUCGAGGUUGUUGGAAAGACAAGAAAAUGAGAUGCUAUUUUCUAUAAUUGGACCUGACAAUAUCUCACUGUCCGCAGCAGUAGUGGAACUGCUGUUUGUCGAAAGCAGACAAUGGAAACUCACAUUUCGCGGGGACUACCAGAAUCGCGCUUACUUUCUGCGACUCUACGACAUUCUAAGUGGGCGGAAGCUGUGGGAUUUUAGAUUGUAUUGCUCAAAGCAGUACAACAUGUAGAG